AACUGGAGGCGUUUGGUGAAGUGGAUGGCUUGCGAAUCAGAACAUGCAACCUCUUUAUGAUGCGAAGCCUCCAUCAUCACCUAGGAUUUCGCUUGAAACUUCUUUACAAUAUUAACAUCAACGAAAAUUUCAACUUUUUCUCCACUUUGUCACAAGCUCUUCUUCCGCCAGAGGAACCAUACCUUCCAAUUCGUAACCAACGAAGAAUCAGACGUGAAUUGGCCAACUUGUUACAAUCCUCUGAUUCGGUAGUUCCUGUGUCGCAUUACAAGAAAAUUCAUGCCCACAUUGUGCUGCUGGGAUUUCACCAAGAUGUCUUCCUCACAAAUAUUCUCUUGCAUAAAUACUCUAAAGGGGAUCUUCUCAGCGAUGCACAGAAUCUGUUUGAUACAAUGCCUGAGAGAAACCUGAUCACUUGGUCUUCUAUGGUUUCCAUGUACACCCAACAUAACUAUAAUGAAGAAGCAUUGACAUUGUUCUGCCGAUUUAGAAGAAGCGGCGACCAGAAACCUAAUGAAUACAUUUUAGCCAGUGUCAUUCGAGCUUGCACACAAUUGUGUAGUAUCAGUCAAGCUCUUCAAAUACAUAGUUUUGUUGUUAAAGGUGGCUUCCUUCAUGAUCUUUAUGUUGGUACCUCUUUGAUUGAUUUUUACACUAAACAUGGCGAUAUUGAUGAAGCAACGCUGGUGUUUUGCGGUCUAGCGUCAAAAAGUUCAGUCACCUGGACUACAAUUAUAGCGGGGUAUAUCAAACAUGGAAGGAGUGACGUUUCCUUAAGUUUAUUCAACCAAAUGAGGGAAACUGAUGUAUCACCGGACAGAUAUAUACUUUCUAGUGUUUUGAGUGCUUGUUCAAUGCUUGAGUUUCUCAAAGGUGGUAAGCAAAUUCAUGCUUAUGUGCUGAGGAGGGGAAUUAACAUUGAUGUCUCAGUAGUAAAUGGACUUGUAGAUUUUUACUUGAAGUGUCAUAAAGUGAAAACUGGUAGGAAAUUAUUUGAUCAGAUGGUAGAGAAAAAUCUUGUUUCAUGGACCACAAUGAUUGCAGGUUACAUGCAGAAUUCAUUGGAUUGGGAAGCCAUGAAGCUUUUCCUUGAGAUGGCAAACAUCGGCUGGAAGCCAGAUGCAUUUGCUUGCACAAGCAUUCUCACUUCAUGCGGUUCACUACAGGCUCUAGAAAUGGGAAGGCAAGUGCAUGCUUAUACUACCAAAGCAAAUCUUGAAAAUGAUAAUUUUGUGAAAAAUGGUUUGGUUGACAUGUAUGCAAAAUGUAAUUCUUUAACUGAGGCAAGAAAAGUCUUCGACCUUGUGGCUGGUUCUAAUGUUGUCUCCUUUAAUGCAAUGAUAGAAGGGUAUUGUAAACAAGAGAAGCUGCAUGAAGCAUUAGAUCUUUUCCAUGAAAUGAGGCUAAGUUCAUCGCCACCAACUCUCUUGACAUUUGUAAGCCUUCUUGGGUUAUGCGCUUCCUUAUUUCACCUAAAGCUGAGCAACCAAAUCCACGGCAUCACUAUCAAAUGUGGGUUCUCUUUAGACAUUUUUGCUGGAAGCGCUCUGAUAGAUGUUUAUUCAAAAUGCUCAUUUGUUAGGGAUGCCAAACUUGUUUUCGAGGAGACGCAAGAGAAGGAUAUUGUAGUAUGGAAUGCAAUGUUUUCUGGAUAUACCCAAAACAUGGAAAGUGAGGAGGCUCUCAAACUCUUCAAAGAUUUACAGAUGUCAAAAAUAAGGCCCAAUGAAUUCACUUUCGCGGCCGUAAUUGCAGCAACGAGUAACUUAGUAAGUCUGCAUCAUGGCCAGCAGAUUCAUGGCCAAGUCAUAAAGACAGGUCUUGACACUGAUCCCUUUGUCUCAAAUGCUCUGGUCGAUGUGUAUGCCAAGUGUGGAAACAUCCAAGAGGCUCACCGAGCUUUUAAUUCCACAACUAUGAGAGACAUUGCAUGCUGGAAUUCAAUGAUUUCUACUUAUGCACAACACGGAGAAGCAAAAGAUGCUCUUCAGUUGUUUGAAUGCAUGAUUAAGGAGGGAACCGAACCGAAUUAUGUCACAUUUGUCGGCGUGCUCUCAGCAUGUAGCCAUGCAGGACUAGUUGACCUCGGGUUUCAUCACUUUAAGUCAAUGGCAGCUAAAUAUGGAAUUGAACCAGGAAUGGAACAUUAUGCGUGUAUGGUUUCCCUCUUGGGCCGAGCUGGGAGAGUAUAUGAAGCUAGGGAAUUCAUUAAUUCAAUGCCAAUAAAACCAGCAGCAGUUGUGUGGAGGAGUCUGCUCAGUGCGUGCAGGUUCACUGGUCAUGUUGAACUGGGAACAUAUGCAGCUGAAAUGGCGAUUGCAAGUGAUCCAGCAGAUAGUGGAUCAUAUAUCAUGCUUUCUAACAUAUUUGCAUCUAAAGGUAUGUGGUUAGAUGUGAGGAGGGUGAGGGAACAAAUGGAUGAAAGUGGAGUGAUGAAAGAACCAGGUUGUAGUUGGGUUGAAGUGAAUAAUGAGACCCAUAUGUUUAUUGCCAGAGACACAUCUCAUCGUGACACUCCACUAGUAGCUUCAGUUUUAGACAACUUAGUUAUGCAGAUGAAAGAGCUUGGAUUUGAGGCUGAUAGUGUCACGCUUCUACUAAAUGAUUGAGACCAAAUCAUAUUGUGAUGAAGUGAUGAUCUGGCAAAUUAGCCUCACUUCACAAGUUGAUCCUUUCUGCACAACAAUUCACUUAGGAUUGUUUGGAAACGUAUUUAAAAAAGUGUCUCCGUAGAAGUUGAAACAAAAUUCUUCUUACAUAUUUAUCUCGAACUUUAUAAA